AUGAUGCAAUGGAACAACUGGACCAGGAACUCUGAUUUCAUCCUACUAGGAUUUUUUGAUCACAGCUCUCUUCAUACUUUUUUCUUUUCUCUCAUCCUGGCUAUCUUCUUCAUGGCCCUCAUAGGAAAUUCUGUCAUGGUGAUUCUCAUCUACCUGGAUGCCCAACUCCACACCCCCAUGUACAUCCUUCUCAGCCAACUUUCUCUCAUGGAUCUCAUGCUCAUCUCUACCACCGUACCCCAAAUGGCCUUCAACUUCCUUUCUGGCAACAAGUCCAUCUCCAUGGCUGGUUGUGGAGUCCAAAUAUUUUUCUAUGUAUCUCUACUUGGAGCUGAGUGUUUUUUAUUGGCUGCAAUGGCCUAUGACCGUUAUGUAGCUAUUUACCCAUUAAGGUACCCUAUUCUCAUGAGUCACAAAAUCUGUAGUCUAAUGGCUGCCUUCUCUUGGAUUCUUGGCUCCCUUGAUGGUAUAAUAGAUGUUGCAACUGUACUAUCUUUUUCAUAUUGUGGUACCAGAGAAAUACCUCACUUUUUCUGUGAUAUCCCUGCCCUGCUGACGAUUUCAUGUAGUGAUACCUUGAUAUUUGAAAAGAUUAUAUUUUUCUGCUGUGUAAUUAUGCUUAUCUUCCCUGUAAUCAUUGUUAUUGCAUCCUAUAUCUGUGUGAUUCUUGCUGUCAUUAAAAUGGCUUCAGCUGAGAGUCGCCACAAAGCUUUUGCCACCUGUUCAUCUCAUGUCAUGGUGGUAGUAAUAUACUAUGGGGCAGCCAUGUUCAUAUACAUGCAGCCCUCUUCUAGUCGUUCUCCCAAUCAAGACAAAAUAGUGUCAGCUUUCUACACCAUUCUUACUCCACUGUUGAACCCCCUAAUUUACAGCCUCCGCAACAAAGAAGUAGCUAGAGCAUUAAUGAAGGUAUUAAGGAUGGAUAAGGCAGCAGGAUGA